CGUAGAAAUUAGGGGUAAAAAUAAAGGCAAAGAAAGGGACCGCGCAAUGAACUCCACCCCUCGUUCAAAGCAAGUAGAACAAUUCAAUCCCCUCCACCACGAAAAAUCCCCAAAUUCUCCCUCUUCUUCGAACCCCAACCCUUAGCCUAAUCCCCAGUUUCUCCCUUUUUGUGCGAUUUUUGUAUCAUCUCGAUCGCAAAGGAUCGGAGGCUAAAGGAACUCUAAGAGGUGUUAUUGUGGAUCAGAUAUAUCUAAAAAAGACCUCUGUUUGGUGAAUAAAAUGGCAAAAGUGUUGCAGCAUCAGGACUCUAAUGCAUCAUAUUGGAAGAGCUUUCAAGGUUGUACAUGGGGCUUGCUUCAAUUCUUCGACUUCCAACAACGUUUACAUGUUCGACGGAUGCUUUCGAACAGGCGACAUGCUGAUGAAAAAUACUCUGGAGGAACAAAGCUUUCGGGGUCAUAUGUUUCUCUUACUGGCAAAGAUCAUGGCGACAUGGAUGAUGAAACAAAGUUCAAAAUGAUAAAUAAAGGCAAUUACUUAAAGGGAAAUUCUUACAAGGCUCGCAUGAGGGCUUUAAUCUCUAAAAAGAUCCACAGGAAGAAAAAAAAUAUGCUCCCUGCAGGGCCGCGACUGCUGCGUACAGUUUCCAUUCAUCAUUGGGAGUGCGAUGACUAUGUUCUCCCCAAUCAAACAGUUUCUGAUAGAAGUGCUUCUACAAUUGAUUCUACUUCAUGCAAAACUUGUUCUUCUACAUGUUGUCAACACUCUCCGCUAUUGACCAAAGAUAUACUAGUCGAUUACUCAAAAGAAAAAUCAGCAGAAGGUUUAUCGAAGCAAAAGGAAAUGGAUUCUGAAGUUGAAAUAGAUUGUGUGUUAAAAUCAAAAGAUUUUCUCGAUGCGGAGGAGGAGCUCUUAAAUACACAUGGGGAAUUCUUUCCAGAAGUUUUUGCAGAUUCAGGACUUCAUUGGGAAAAUUAUUUAGGUUUUCCUUCUCCUCUCAAAGAAAAAGGCUUAGCAAGAUCUAGCUCAUUCCCAAGAGGCAGAACAAAUCAAAGGUCGUCAAAAGCUAAACAUAAGUCCUCAACUCAAUAUACCAUGAAAAGUGAGCCGAUUUCCGAGCAUUCACCAGAUUCUCCUCAUGAAUCUAUAAUUCAGAGGGAACCUAGAACUUUUGUUGAUCACGUUAAUGACCUCAAACAGAUGAUAAAGGAUGUCUUUGAUGCAAAAAGGAAGGUGGAGCAUCGAAUCUCAAUGGAUGGGGUUUUGGAUAGAGUUCCUUAUGGCCAAAAGGUUUCUGAUGACGAGAUUAAACCAAAGCUGUUUCGAUCUACCUCAGCAAGAUCAUAUAGAGAAACUUCAAGAGAUAGGUUUGAAAUACCUGCUAAUAGGAAUCCACAUGAAAGAAUGAGUAGGUCUCGCUCUCUUGCCGAAUCUGUGGAUAAGUACUCUCACUUGCUUGCAUCUGCUUCGCACAAAGAAGGUAACAAAUUACGUGACAGAUCAAUUUCAAACAAAGAAGGUUUUUCCCAGGACCUGAGGACUCGAAAUGCUUUUCAAAGAAUUGUUUCUACUCCUGAGUAUAGGUCAUAUCAUUUAAGUAUGGAUAUGGAUGCUGACAAUGAAGUACUUCAUGAAGCUUUAUCAUUGAAUAUCUCAACCACAAGUGUUUUGGAUGAGCGACAAGCAAUAGAUGAAGAUGCUACCGAGACAGUAGAAAAUGAGAAGAACAAUACAUGGGAGGUUUUCGAUUUGACCGAAGAGAAGGUGAUUGAUGUUCCUUCUACUGAUCAGGAGACCGAAGUUCUGGAACAGGGAGUGCUAAAUUUUGAUUAUGAGAAGAAUGAUAUUUGUGAGGUUUCAGAUUCAGUAAAUGAAGGCACGAGUAGUGCUCCUUGCAAUGAGCAGGAAAUUGAAAUUAAACUGGACUCAAACUUUGAUCCGAUGAAGCCGAGCCCAACAUCUGUUCUUGAAUUGAGCCCUUCAGACGAUUCUGUUAGUCCUGUGAAAUAUAAAAUUUUGGAAGAUUCAGACGUAAAUUGUAGAAGCCUUGAUUGCAAUGAGCUGGCUUCUUCAACAAAUUCAAAACUGUCGGACUUUGAAGCACCUUCUUGGGUGGAAACUACUGAACCAACUUGUGAUACUACACAGCAAAAGAACCCUGUUUAUUUCGAAGCACUUAAGAUUGGGCUGGAUCAAAUGAACAGGACUGAGUUCCAUUAUCUAAAACGUGUUCUUGAAAAGUAUUGCUUCAGCAGUGAAGAGUCUUUUGAAACUUGGUACUCUCUCAACCAACACGAUGCAGAUAUUUCAGCAUUCAUCUCCAAUAAUAUUUCUAUUGACGAAGAGCUUUUGGUUGAUCUCAUAAACGAAGCAUCAUACCAAAUUCACGAAAAACAUUCAACUCAGAACCUUUCUUUCUCUCCUGUUGCUUUUCGUCCUAGACGGAAGCCUGCGGGGUACCAUCUCCUUAAUGAGUUGUGGGCACGAAUUAGUUCGCAUCUUGAGCCACAAGUGAAGUCUAAUUACAUGCUUGAAAGUGUCGUGGCUCAGGACUUUGCAAAAAAUGACGGAUGGUUGGACCUUCAAUUGGAUGCUGAGGGCGUGGGGGUGGAAUUGGAAGGUGUCAUAUUGGAUGAUUUAAUCAAUCAGUUAAUUCUCGAUGUUGAUGAAUUCGCCCUUUCUCAGUUGAUAUACUCCGAGUAAGUACUCUACUAAGACACAUAUACAAUACACAAUUCUUUUCCACUCAAUUUUUUUGUAGUGCUCUGUAGUAUAAGCAAUGCUAUCAUUUACAUUCGUUCUGUAUAGACACCAACAAAUCAACACCUAAGGCAUUGUAGUAAUGUUGUAUAUAAGGUAAUGAAUAAAAGAGAAGAUGUAGUAGAUAGGUUGUGGUCAACCAAAGGUGUCUGUUGAGAUCUUGUGGCCCCUUUUUUCUCUGUAGUUGUUGGUGAGAUUUUUCUUAGAGGAGUUCUUGUAUAAGCAAUUAUUUUGGUGAAUAUAGUGAACUAAUAAUGUUUUGCCGCUUGAAUCCUUAAUUUGUUAUUUCUUUA